GGGAGAGAGACCCGGUGACAACAGUGAAAACCUCACCUCAGACUGGUCUCCGUGGACCACCGUGACCCUGUGAGGAUCCGCUCCACGUCCCACCAUGACCCCCCCGAGCCUGCGCUUUACCAGCUGGAGGCAGCGGACGUGAGAAAAGGGGGAAGUGAGAAUCCAAACCACCCGACAGCCGAAAAGUUUGGUUCUGCAGCAAGUUCAAGUCCCAAGCUGUGGUCUGUGAAGGGAGAGCAGCCUCUGGAGUGGGAGUGGGCAUGGACACCCACGUUAAGGAGGGACAACUGUAUGUGCAGCACCAGAAGUUCGGCAAGAAAUGGAAGAAGAACUGGUUGGUCCUCUACCCCGCCAGCCAAAAUGGCAUCGCCCGGCUCGAGUUCUACGACUCGGCCUUUGGUGGCGGGGGCGGGGCCAGCGGAGGCUCGGGAAGCAGCUCCAAUGAGAAAACCAGGAAGCUGGACAAGAAGAUCAUCCGCUUGUCCGAGUGCAUCUCCAUCCUGCCGGCGCUGACGGAGAGCUGCCCCAAAGAGAACAUGGCGGCGUUCUGCGUGGAAACCAACGACAAGACGCACGUGUUCGCCGCCGAGAAGAACGCCGCCAUGGAAUGGAUGAACACCAUGUGUGACAUCGCAUUUCAGGGAGGCAGCGGGAGCAGCGGCAGUACGGUCGCGGACUCGAAUGGAGGAGGCCAGGACAUUCAGAUGUCUGAAAACCUUAUCUACUACUCCAGAGAGGAAGUGAACGAGUUCUGGGUGAGCACUCAGCGAACCGAGGCGUCGGAGCGCAGCGGCCUGGCCGGGAACUACUGGCUGAAAGCCGAAAGCGACGUCCUGAUCUUGAAGGAGCCGAUGACCAAGAGGAACGUCCUGGUGUGGCCCUACAAGCUGCUGAGGAGAUACGGGAGAGACCGGGUGAUGUUUUCCUUCGAGGCGGGUCGGCGCUGCGACUCGGGCCCGGGCAACUUCACCUUCGAAACCAAGCAAGGCAACGAGAUCUUCACGCUGGUGAACCAGGCCAUCCAGUCGCAGAAGGCCCUGACGGAGGACCACCACCUCAGCGGCCCCUUGAACCCCGACCCGGACUGCCCCCCGUCGCUGCAGCACAUACGCAACGCCGGCAGCGUGACGGGCGGCGGCGACAGCAGCAGCAGCAGCAGCAGCCGUGAGGCCGACGGCGAUUCGGGCGGCAGCAAGCCGGGGUCUGCGGACGGCGUGCUGGGGAAGAGAGAGGUGGGAGACGGAGGAGGAAGCGGCGCGGGAAGAAGCGGAGCAGCAGCAGCAGCACUUAAAGGGAGGAGUUUACCAGAACCACCAGCCAUGUUGGGGGUUUUGGGAGGAGAAGCGGCCCCUCCGAGGACUCUUAGAGGGCACACGGCAGGAAAAGGUCUUUCCUCAGCUGAUGAACAUGCUGGAUUUUAUUCUGAACCAGCUGACUCGGUCCGUCUGCCUCCGUACAGUGUUGAGUGCCUCUACUCGGACCCGGUGGACAGCAUCAAGGGACAGAACCAGACAGGCAUCUCGUCCACCCCUCCAGUGCCCAGCCCCCGACUUCGGCCUGUGGGAGAUGACGCCUCGGCAGGUGGCACCCAAGGGGAUCACCACCACAGGAAGCCACCUGACCUGUUCUCACACGUGUACGACCAGAUCAGCCUGGAGUUACUCCAGAAAACCAGUGCUCUGAGUCUGAACGGGGCGGCAGGGGGGGGAAGAGGCACAGGAAGAGGGGUGAACACUAACCGGCGGCCCCCCGGAGGCCACGCAGAGGGCGCUGCGUCCCCUCCCGCUCCUCCCUCGGAGCACAUCUACGACGAACCAGAGGGCUGCGCCAAAGGAAGCGUGAGUUUACCCGCUAGUUUAGACAUGAGUAUCUACAGCGAGGCCCGUUUGGAGCCUUACAGCCAGAAAAGACAGGAAGUGGUGGCGGCCCCAUCAGGACAAGUGGGCCCGAGCCGCGGCACAGUGCCUCCUUCUGCAGCUUUAAGGGGGCGGAAACCGCUCACUGCUCCCAAACCUGCAAGGGAACUGUUCGGCCGGAAGGAGCCAGUGCCACUACCCCCUGGGAAACAUGGCGGUAAUAUGAACAACAACAACAUUUGGGGAGGAGGAGGAGGAGGGAAUGAGCUGUUCAGCGAAGUGUCGAAACAGACGCCUGUGAUCUCCUGGUGUAACCAGAACCAGCAGGCAGCGCUGAGAUCACCCGAUGUUAUCUAUGACAACUUGGGAGAUAUUUAACAAUCUUGAUUCCAAACGUGGACUGAACAUUUUUAUCCUUUUAAAUAAGAGAGACGAAGAAGAAAAUGAGAACAAAGCACAUUUUUUAAUUUCUUCCAUCAUUGGACUGGAUUCAUUAUUAGAUAGACAGUCGAUCCAUUUGCUGUGGAUUAGCUCACAACGAAGAGAAAACCACAUUAUGAUGGUAUUUUAUGCAACUGUUGUCGGGCCUGUGUGUGUGUGUGUGUG